AUGGUUGAACAAAUGGUCAGCUCUAACCUCAGCAAAUACGGGCUCGGAAAAUUUCCAAGCAUCAUCAGCAGCAGCCCUGAUAAACCACCAACACCGCUAGUUACCACCAAGGACAAAACCGUAAAAAACUUGCAAAAUCCUCCACCGGUUGCCGCCAAGGACACAAAUGUGAAAAGCGUGCAAAAUGACAGUAAAACUGGACCUCCCGAAACCCUUGAAGCCAAGAGUCCUCCCGGGGGUAGUAAUGUCAAUAACCAUAAUCUUGUUUAUGCACGUAGAAAAUCCGAUGGAGAACAUAUAGGCGAUAAAAGGCGCAGUAGUCCUCAAAAGGGUAAUGAUAUCGUGAAUGAGCAAUCGAGUGUCGUUAAUUUGUCGGCAAUGGAGCACUGGAAUACGAGAUUUGUUCAGUUGCAAAAUUAUUUGAAGCAGUGUGAUACCUCGAAUCAUGAGGUUUAUCUUCAAGAACUCCGAUCGUUCUCUCCCGAUGAAUGUAGUAGACAUGCGGUUGACCUCGAGAGGCGUGCCAUCCAACUAGUUGUGGAAGAAGGGAGAGAGAUACAACGGGUGAAGGAUUUAAAUGUACUCGGUAAAUCCACGGGAAACCAUCUACUUCUUCGACAAUCUAUUCCUAUAUUCAAGUCGGAGAAGCUUGUGUAAAGUACAUUGCUAUUUCUUGCUUGUGUGAUUUUAUCGCGAAUUGUUGUUUUUAAAAUGGCCUUCAUGGACGUGUAUAACUAUCGAGAUCUUUCAUGUUGGAGUAGAUGAAUAUAUAUAUAUAUGUAAUGUUAAUGGAUUAUUGCAACUCUCUUACCCUCUUAAAAAAAUCUUAUUUCAUGGAUG